AAUUCGAAUCGUCUUGAAACAAAGCCAAGUGUUGAGAGAUGUCUGGCCAACCGCCAUAUGGCAAUGGGCCGCGUGGUUGGAAUCCACGUGCGCAUAAUCCUGCCUCACCGUCGCCCUCAUCUUUCCUAUAUCGUCCACCGUCGCCAUGGACAACUGCGCCAAGUCCACCACCAAUAAUAUCUGGGCCACGCCCGUUUGGACAUGCCAUGUCACCAUCACCGCUGGCCCAGCAGCAGGUGCGUGGUCAACGCGGUGGCACCCAAAUGCCACAUCCACGGCCACAGUGGCCAACUGGAGGCGGCAACCAAUCACCAGGACUAUAUCAGCCGCCAACACUACCAGCUGGACCCUAUUAUGGAGGAGCAGGAGCAGGACCAUCGCCGCGUCCCUACCGACCGGCUCCAUUGCAACAUCAGAACUCAUAUGGGGCACAACCAACUAGCUCCUUUCAGCUAUCGCCCACACCGUCGCCCAUUGUGUGCCAGACACCCAGUUCGGAUUUCAUGUACAGCAAUCGUCAGACACCAUUGUCCCAUCAAUAUCCACAGCCGGCACCACCGCCGGUGUAUCUACAACAGCCACCACCACCACCACAACCGAGACAACACGGACAGGAUCAGAUUGAUUUCGUGGGCGUGCCGUUGGAGCCUCCGCAACCUAAAUCCUAUGUGAUUUAUGAUGAUGAAGAGGAAUUCGGACCAUCGACAGCCGAAAUUAUUGCGAAUCAGUCGCAGGAUUAUAUCGAUGAGAAGCUUGCCGAAUAUCAAAUGACGAUAUUACAGUUGCAAGUGUAGAAAUGAUGCAUACCCGAUGACUCAGCCCAGUUGAGAACAAGAAAAAUCUCAUUCCUAGAACAUUUUAGACAACUGACAGUCAAGUUUUUCUUUCGUAAAUGUAACAUA